AUGAGUUUCGAAAACAAAACCGACGCGGUCAAUGAGAAGUAUCUCCACGAUGGCCACGGCCAUGAGCCCGGCUCGCUCUCCGCACAUGUGCGUGGCCGGCAGUUCAGCGUUGACCCGGAGGAUCGUGCUUUGGUGGAAGGAGACCAAUACGCGCUCCACCGUGAGCUCAAGGGUAGACACAUGCAAAUGAUUGCCAUUGGCGGUGCCAUUGGUGCUGGUCUAUUCAUUGGCUCUGGUAGUGCUUUUCAGACUGGUGGACCUGCCUCUGUGCUUCUUGGUUUCAUGAUCAUCGGUCAGUUGUAUCUCAUGAUGCAGGCUCUGGCUGAAAUGUCCGUCAUGUAUCCGAUCAAUGGGGCUUUCACCAUGUACAUCUGCCGCUUUGUUGAUCCCUCCUUUGGAUUUGCCUGCGCCUGGGAGUACGCCAUCAGUUGGUUGACUGUGCUGCCCUUCGAAAUUUCAGCCGCGUGCAACAUUAUCCAUUACUGGCCUGGAUCGAACGGUAUCAGCAACGCUGCCUGGAUCGUCCCACUCCUCUUCGCUCUGGUGGUUAUUCAAAUUUUUGGUGUGAGAGGAUAUGGCGAGGUCGAAUUUGCUCUCAGCAUUAUGAAGAUCAUCGCCUGUAUAGGUUUCAUGAUUCUCGGGAUAAUCAUCGACUGCGGUGGCGUUCCCACAGACCACAGAGGCUAUAUUGGUGCAAGAUACUGGCAUUCACCUUACUCCGCAUUCCUCAAUGGCUUCCACGGCUUCUGCAGUGUCUUCGUCACCGCGGCGUUCGCCUAUACUGGCACUGAGCUGACCGGAUUGGCUGCUGCGGAAACGGCCGACCCGAAAAGGGAGAUCCCCCGUGCCUCGAAACAGGUCGUAUGGCGUAUUGCCAUUUUCUACAUUGUCAACCUGUUCCUCGUCGGGUUGAUCGUACCAGCGAACAGCCCUCUGUAUAAUGGCCAAGGUUCGGAAUCGCGACACUCGCCCUUUGUCAUUGCAAUUCAGCUUGCUGGCAUCAAGGCCCUCCCAUCGAUCUUCAAUGCUGUAAUCUUGAUCUCCGUUAUGAGCGUUGCCAACUCCUGUACUUUCGGCUCCACUCGAACAAUUCAGGCACUUGCUGCCAAUGGCAUGGGCCCCAAGAUAUUGGCGUACGUUGACAAGAAGGGCCGUCCUCUGUCUGUCGUCAUUCUUCAGCUUCUCUUCGGCUGCCUGGCAUUUAUCAACUUGGCAUCCGAUGGCGGAACGAUCUUCAAUUGGCUCCUGUCACUGUCAGGUCUCUCUAUCCUCUUCAUCUACGGCGGUAUCGCUUUGGCUCAUAUUCGCUUCCGCAAGGCAUGGGCUCAUAACGGUCAUUCCUUGGACGAGCUCCCCUUCAGGGCCGCUUUCGGCGUCUGGGGAUCGUGGGUCUGCCUGCUCAUCAAUGUUGUCAGCCUUAUGGCUCAGUUCUACGUUGCACUCUAUCCAGUUGGGGGCCCUUACCUGGACGCCAACACCUUUUUCCAACUCUACCUUGCUGGUCCUCUACUCAUCUUCCUGUACUUGUGUUGGAAGAUCUACAGCUGGUUCGUCAGGCCCGCAGAUCGUCCGUUAUUCAUCAGGACGAGAGAUAUCGAUAUCUACACCGGCAUGAGAGAAAGCCAGAGGGCCAUCAGCGGCGCAGGUGUCCCGGAGGAGCAGAGGCGCGCUAGCAUAUCGGAGUUGCAGGCGGAAAACAAGAAGAGAGGUCCCAAAGAUUACAUUAUCGCUGCUAUUAGAAACCUCAUCUAA